GUAUAACGUUCCAUUUUCUUUGAUUAAUAUAGAAUCAGACAUAUGUAUUAGAUGAGAAAAUCAGUUGGUUGAGGAAAAUGGUAAUACUGUCUCAUCUGUGUGCUUGAUAUGAAGCUACUGUCAUCAGCCCAUUAGCUUAGCUGGGAGACCUCCGGUUGCCUAGCAACCCUACCAAGACGAAAUUAACCGCCUGUGUCCCAUUAGCUGUCAUAAAACCACCAAUUGUUAUUUCUACAUAAUUAGUUUUGUACAUAAUAAACAGAGGAGAUAUGACAUUGUAAUCAUUAAGCCUUGAACAUGCUACUAGGCAGAUUCUGUAACUUUUGGACAGACACUGCUUUUUUCAACUAGGCUAGCAGUUUCCUCUGUUUCCAGUCUUUAUGCUAAGCUAACCGGCUACUGUCUAUAGCUCAAUAUUUAGAUAAUCUUCGCAUCUGGAUAACUCGUGACAAUCUUACAAUUAAUAAUUAAUGUCAUCAUAUCUGCCUACAGCCAAAUUCUAGUGUGUGCAUUAAGAGCAUACUGCAUGUAAAUGAUGAAUGGGAGUGUUUAGUGUCAUGCAUUCUCCACUAGGCGCACAGUAUAAUGGUUUGGGAUGACCUCUGCGUUUAAAUAUUAACGACUGUAAGCCUGUUUACAUCCUGCGGAUCCACACAGGCUGACUGAGGAGACUUCCACUCCAGUAACUAUCCGUCCGGCGAUCUGAACUCUGAGCUGCGGUGCAGAAAUGGUUAACCAGAGAUGCAAGAACUGCGCGAGUCUGUCUGAGCAUGUGCUGCCGCUGCUGCUGCAGUGAAGUAAAAUGGUCAAUUUCCAUCCGAGAGCAGAGACACCGUGGAGAAGAAGCCGGGGACAACAGACAAGCAGCUGACGGCGAACCGAGACAUCCUGGACAACCUGACUCGCUGUUGAAUUUGAUCGGCUGGUCUGUGUGCUGAGGGAGACACCGCAGAGCCCUAUCUGAGGACCUGCAUCUCAUUACCACAGAGGGAGAAUUUGAAAGCGAGAGGAGGAAGGAUGGUAACCUUGGAAACCCCAGAGGCUCCAGUGCCUCUGACGGCGCUGUCACGUUGGUACCUCUACGCCAUCCACGGCUACUUCUGCGAGGUCAUGUUCACGGCCGCCUGGGAGUUUGUGGUGAACUGCAACUGGAAGUUCCCUGGCGUGACCAGCGUGUGGGCGCUCUUCAUCUAUGGCACCUGCAUCCUCAUCGUGGAGCGGAUGUACCUGAAGCUGCGCGGCCGCUGCCCCGUGCUGCUGCGCUGCAUCAUCUACACUUUAUGGACGUACCUGUGGGAGUUCGGCACGGGGCUGCUGCUGCGCCAGUUCAACGCCUGCCCCUGGGACUACUCUGAGUUCCGCUACAACUUCAUGGGAUUGAUCACGGCUGAGUACGCCGUGCCCUGGUUCUGCGCCUCCUUCAUUGUGGAGCGCCUGGUCAUCCGCAAAACACUGCGGCUGCGCUUCCAUGAGGGGCCUGAAGAUGGCUGGUCAAACCAUCGGUCGGAUGCUGGGGGUGGAGGAGGGGUAGGAGGAACUUUGGGGGGUGGGAGGAGGAGAGAGAGGAGCAGAGGGAUGGGAAAUAAUGCUAACGGCUACCUUAAAGGGGAAUGAAUCAAGGUAUAGAAGGAAGGACACAAUCUGAAACCAGCCCAAACGCUCUGCUACACCUUUUCUGCCCUCCUCAGCCACUUUCAUAAGCAGCCCUCCACAUUAUCUGUGUGGGGUUAAGACAAACAGACAGCUACAUAGACUGGGCUGGUGUGCAGAGGUGUACAGAGCCAGAAAACAAAACCUAACUGGGGCUUAAAAACGCCCAUAUCACUCACUGUGCCCUCUACUGUCAACAGAGGCACGAUAACUCCAUGCUGCUGUGUUUGCUGCAUCUCAUAACACACCCACCCAUCUCCAUGUGGGGGUGACCUUAAGGAGGUCAGGGUCUUGAAUGACCAGGACUACACUCUCAGUCUCUACUGUCCCAUAGACUGCAAAGAACAAGAGAUAAAAACAAAUAUUUGUGUCGUCGUCGUGAGGCGGGAACAACAUGACAACAUAUAUUUGUGUUUCAAGGGCACAUCAGUCAAUCUGAAAGCAGAAUGCUUGCUGCAUAGAAAACAUAAUAAAAAAGUAGCUGCAGUCGUAACAUGUCCUUUUUAAAAUGUACAUACUGUCCUUUAGUAUUAUUCAAAGUACUGUAGUAAUGUAGCUACAAAAGGCUCUUUAAGAACAUAAUGUCCACCCUGAAGCUGUCUGCUUACGUCAUGAUGAAUGUUCUCUGCAGUUAGUGAUUACCCACAAUGCCUGGAAAAAAAAUGCAUGAAAAAAAGUUGUCUUCCAAUAUAAUAUACAUUUUUACAGCGCUCACUCAGCAGUCAUACUGUACGUCUCUGUUGAUGAGUGCUGCUGCUGCUUGUGUGCGUGGAGGGGGGGAGGAUGGUGACAUGUCCUUUAGCAAGACACCG